UGGGUUUGGUCUUUUUUUUUUUCCUCUCUCUCUCUGCUCCAUCAUCAGUGACACAUGAAAAAGAGGCAUAUAGCAUUAUUUACAUUUUUCCAGUGUUUGUCUCAGUUUGUGCAGUUCAAUAUGCUGUCUACUGGAGAUGUCCAAGGCAGUCUUCGUAAGCUGGAAAGUCUCCUGCGGGUGAUCAAGUACCCAGGCCUUGUAGACUAUAAUGGGCUUUGUAAAGGAAAUCCAUCAGCUUUUCUUCCGAUAUUGAGCUUUACCAUCACCUCCUACUCUCCACCAUUUGCUGAGCAGCUAGUUGCAGCUGAAUUGGAGCUGACUGGCAAAAAUGAUCUCAGAUUUACUGAAACAUUAUAUAAGAUACUACGGGAUAUGUUUCACUACAAACCCAUAUUGUCCAAGCAGCAGUUCCUCCAGUGGGGUUUCUCUCAGAGGAAAAUCUCUGUCGUCUGUGAUGUCAUUAACCUGGUUAUGCAAAGGCACAACCAACUCAAGAAGCCCAGAGUCAAAUAUCCUGCCUCACAUACAGACGUCGGUGUGGAAGUUUAUCCAAUACCAGCUACUCCAAACAACAUUUUGGAAAACAGACCAUAUGUCAUCAAGCACAUAGGAAAUCAUUCCACCUUUCUGACAAGCUCCUCCCAUAAGGAGACGGCAGCCUUCUCUCACAAUGAAGCAGCGUCCUCUAACUCUCCGGACAGUGGGACCUCUGAGCUGGCAGCAGAGGAGGAAGACAUGGUAAAUGUUCCAAAUCUUUGUUUGGAACAGGAGAGGACUGACGCAUUGCCAGAUGCUGGAUUUGCUGUUUGUCAGUUAUCAGAGGUAGAAGAACGACUUUCUGCUUUGGAGAUCAAACUAGAAAGACUUGUUUCUGGACUGGACUGGAUCAGUGUUCUGGAAAACCGCCUGCAGGAACUUGAGAAAUGGAAAAACACAAAGGAGAAGUCUGACAAGGAUGAAGGCUCAACCAUCACCAUAUCCAAGGAGAGCUGGGAAAAUCUCCUGAGUCGGGUCCUGUUAUUGGAGACUAAAGUAGAACUGAGCAACUCACAGUCGAGUGUUCCACAGCCAAGUAUGUCUCAUACACCUUCUCAGUGUCCCAGCUCCACAUCUCGCUGUUUGCAGGAUGAUCUGAAGGACAGACUACAGAGGAUCACAGAUAUGAUGAAGAGCACCUCCACUUUACUAAAGAACACCGAAUCCUCCACAACUCCAUGCAGCUGAGUUUCUCACUGAAACAGUCACCAGCUAAAUAUCAACCCUAAAACACAUGACAUUAGUUUAUCAAAUUAAUUAUAUUUUAUUAAAGAAAUGACACAAUCAUGAAAAUAGUCUGUGGAUAUGACUGUGUUCUGUUGAUUCAUUAAACUGAAAACAUUGUUGGUGCCACAUUUUUUUUUAAAUGUAUCUUUUCUUUUUUUCCCCUUUUAACCUUUGUUCCAAAAAGCAGAUUUUUAAAGGCAGCUUAAAUGUACUUGAAAUUUAUCCACCAAAUAAAAUAUAUUUGUUGUUCUCAUUAAAUACUUUUGAAAGCACAUUGAGUUGAUGUCCAAAGGUCUGUUCCAAGGAGCAUCUUUUUUUAUCUGAGUGUGAAAACCAUGAGUAAGGGUCGCCCGAAAAGGGAUGACUAUAAAUUGUACACAGCGUGAUCAGCAAACUCUACAUGUACAUUACAGCUUCACGUUGGCGUUGUAUGAAGCAAACAUGCAAAAAGUAAAAUGACAACACAAAGUUGGAAAUCCUGUUUCCUGAUUGUGAAGUGUUUUGUUGAAUUUUUGAAUUCUUUUGUAUUUUCUGUCAUUGUUUUUUAAAGAUGAAUGUUUCCAGUUUACAGUUAACUACAAAUAAAAUGGAAACGUCUUUAUAUUGCAACAAAAUAAAAUCCUG